AUGGCCUCCCAAGGUGAGCACACAUCACGUAAGUUAAGAAAUAAUAAAAAUGCCUCUCGGUCAGAACUCAAUACCAGCGGUACAGAUCGUCAAAUGUCCGCUAUCCAAGAUAGUUUAAAGACAAUAACAGGAAAACUAGACGAUAUCGGUCAACUUCAAAAAUCUAUCGACAAUAUUAAUAAAGAUUUGUGGGAUGAAGAUGGCAUCGAUGAGCGGAUUAAGUACAUGGGCCAACAGUUUGAAGAUAACACAUCAGAGUUGGAAAGUCUAAGAAAGGAAAACUUUUGCCUACGUAGAGAGCUGCAAGUUCUAAAAUCCGUUGUAAUUAACUUGGACAGAAGACUGACCCAACAAGAAAACGAAGUGGUGGAUCUAAGAGGCAGAUCGAUGAGGGACAACAUCUUGAUCCAUAACUUACCAGAGGAAGAAGAUGAAGAUUUAUCGCACAAAAAACGGACAAAAAAAAACUCGGGGAGUACAAGGCCCAGAACUAUAACAGGAAAACUUCAAAACUCUAGUAAUAAGGAUCGUAUCCUUAGCGCAAUCCGACAGAAGAGAGAAACAUCGGGACUUUCGGACAUGCCUUUCUACAUAACCCCGCAAACGCCGCUGCAGAUGAAUGAGAACAAGAAAAAACUGCAGGAAAUGAACAACAAGUACAGAGAGGAAAAUGUCAAAACCAAGAUAGUUGGUAACAAGCUUGUAUUUCCUAAUGGAAAUAUAUAUCAGGAUCGAGUGUUACCACCUAGAGCAGAAGACAUCUUGAUGAUGGAUGACCAAGAGGUGGACAAAUUGGAAGGAAUCACGGUGAUCAAUGGUGACAAGUUUUCUCAAGAAGGAAACAUUUUCACGUCCUUAUCCUCUACAGCAGAUACAUACGCACAGCAUGAACAAUACUAA